AAAAUGUAUAAUCGACACGCACGACGGAUCCACUGCGGCGAUUACGACUGCGACAAAAUUAAAUCGGGCCGACCCAACGGCCGAUAGCUCUCGUUAUGGAAAACGAGACUAUAUAGAUGUGCGUGUGUGUGUGCGUGUGUAUAUACAUAUGCGUGGAAAAACUGGUGGAAUAAAAAAUGAGAGAGACUCGCACACGGCUUGUGUACAUGUACUUACAUGGCGAUGUGCGCUGAAGAGGGUAAAGCUGAGAGAGAUAAGUGGUGAAAAAGCGUCGUCCAAGUGGAGAAUCGGUAUACACUAGGUGUCCGAUGCGUCGAUAGGCCGAACUCGGAAUACACGACUCCGAGUCACUCUCUGCAGCGGACUCGUGGCUGCGAUGCUCGCUCUGCGCUGCUCCGAUGCCGAGAGAGUGGAGUGCUUGGCCUAAUGCGCCUGCGCGUUGCGGUGAAUAUUCGACAUUCGUAUCGCGGUUAUUGCGUUCUAUCGAUUUCACCUAUUUUUUCUUCUUUUUUCUUUCCACUGCUACAUAUUGUUCGCCUCUUUCCAAGUUACUCCGUUGAUUUUCAUCUUGCUGUGGAUCCUUGUGCGAUACACGGUUAACUAUAAUUGUUAUAAUUUUCGAGCCGUACGGAUAGCCUGGCGCCCUCUGUCAUCGAAUCGUCGAGUUUCCGACGACUCUAUCGUAUCCUAUAAUUGUCAACAGAGAGAAAAUAAGUAUUACCACGUCGGUCUCGCAGCAGACAACUAUUAGCGAGAAAAAUAUGACGUGAUCGGUGCAGUGUAGACGAUAAUAAAAGAGCCGUGUGUGUCCACAACAAAGCGGAGGUGUUCGGGAGAGGAAGAGACUGGCGACUUGGAUUCAAUCUGGCUCCGUCGAAAAGUUCAAGCGCCACAACAGUCAUGCUGAAACCCAAAGCCCUGACGCAGGUUCUCAGCCAGGCGAACACCGGAGGAGUGGAGAACACCCUGCUACUCAACAGAGAUGGUGGACUGCUGGCCUACAGUGGCUAUGGUGAUAAAGAUGCCAGAGUGACUGCAGCGAUAACCAGCAAUAUCUGGUCUGCCUAUGAGAAGAAUGGUCGCAAUGCAUUCAAGGAGGAUGAACUCAAAUUUGUACUCAUGGAGUGUGCGGAGGGAAAGGUAGUCAUUACAGAAGUAGCAAACUUGCUGCUUUGUUUAUAUGCCCGACAGAAUGUUGGUUUUGGACUGCUGCGAGAGAAGGCACAAGCACUGGCAAAAUACCUUGAUAAACCACUGAAAACUAUAGCGAGUAUGCCGUGAGAACAAAGUUUGCAAAUUGCUUGCAAGGGAUGCGAGUGGGAUGAUUGUCUAAUUUAUCUAGAGUUGGAAUAUAAUUUUUUUAAUGUUAUAUAAAGUUACUAUAUUUGAAUAAAGCUUCAUUUGUACGCAA